AUGUCCAGCCCAGAAGAGACGCCGAUCAUCGAGGAGCAACGUCGUCUCUCACAAAAUGGGGUCCUGAACACAGGGUUCAUUCACCCCCAGCCACCGCAGCACACGCCAUCGGAUUCAUCGACGCUGCAGCAAACGCUGCAGCUUUUACAAAAGCAAUUGGCCCAACAGCAGCAGCAAAUGGCACAGCAACAGCAACUGUUAUCGCAGCUCGUGCAACAACAACAGCAGCAGCAGCCACCGACCCCCGAUCUGCAAUUUGUGCCAAAACCGAGCAACCCGGAGUUGAUACUGGAAGCCCUCGCCGGUAAUAUUAGUGAGUUCCGGUACGAUCCAGAAGCGGGAGUAACCUUCGAAUCAUGGUACACGCGGUAUGUAGAUUUGUUUCGUGAGGAUGCUUCUCGCUUGGAUGACGCCGCCAAGGUUCGACUCCUGGGACGUAAGCUUGGAACCGCUGAACACGCCCGGUUUAGUAAUUUUAUUUUGCCGCGUGCACCGCGAGAUUUCAGCUUCAACGAAAUGGUGGAAAAGCUUACCGUCCUGUUCGGCAAAAUGGAGUCGGUGUUAAGCAAACGCUUCAAGUGUCUUAAUAUUACCAAAACGCGCACCGAGGAUCUGCUAGCAUUUACCUGUCGAGUUAAUAAAGCGUGCGUCGAUGCAGAAUUUUCUUCGAUGACGGAGGAAGAUUUUAAGUGCCUCAUCCUCGUAUGCGGAUUAAAGGACGAAAGCGUACAGGACAUAAGAAUGAAACUGUUAGCCGCCAUUGAAGACAGGAAGAAUGCCACCCUAGAGCAGCUAGCAGCAGAUUGUCAACGUUUAGUGCGUGUAAAAGCUGAUAGCGCUAUGAUCGCUACGGACACUAAACCAACAAGUGCCGGGAUUGUGGACGUACAGGACAUCGAGAGGGUUUCUGCAACUCGUCACAACGGCGCAGAGGACGACCGCGAUUCGAUCAUCGCCGUGCAGUGUCAUCGCGAGUAG